CCCGGAGGACGACGGGCGGCGGCGGCGGCGUUGGAGGACCCCACAAGGCGGGGCAUGACGGGCCGCCCCGUCGACGAGGCGCCGUGAGGGGAGGCGGAGGCGAGGAGGCGUCCCCGUCGUCGCUCCCAGCCGAGGGAGGCUGUGGGAUCGGGAGGGGAGAAAAAGGCCUCGCCGGUGGAUGCCGAGGAGCGCCGGAGACGCCGAGGAGGAGGCCUUUCCCGCCUGCCUCCCCACUUCUGGUUCGGAGCCGCGGGUCUCCGUCUUCCCCGCCUAGGCUGAGCGCCGUGCCGUCGUCCCCCACCUUCCAAGAGCCGUCAUGGGGCAACAGCAGGCGCUGGACAUUCCUUGCCCGGGAGGCGACGCCUUGUUAUUUUUAAAUGUGAAGUGACUGACUGGGCAGGGAGCUCGCCUCUUCUUUCCCAGCAGGGAUAUUUUAAAGGAAAUUUUGGGUGGUUUUUUUAAAAAAAUUGGGGGGGUGUUUCCUCCCCCCACACCCCCUUUUCUUGGAAGCCUAGGCCUUGAAAACCCGCAAUCCGUAUCUGCCUUCUUUCUUUUUUUAAGGGAGGGGGGUCAUUUUGGAGGAAGCUGCUUCGGAGUGACAAUCGGUUUUCUCCCCCCCCCCCCUUCGCCUCUUUGGGAAAGGAUGCCUUUAAAAUUGGGCUGCUUUGGUACGGGGAAGACGCGUGGGGAGUAAGUCUGGGGUUCAUAUAGGUGUGCGUGUUCUGUUUUAUGGGUUCCCCCCCCUGCUCUAAAUGGUGACUGCCCGUCUUGGGAGAGGGAAGGAGCUGCUGGGCUUGAGAACCGAGAAACUCUCUUUUCCCCACCUCCCUUUUUGUAGAAGAAAGCCAAGGAAGGGAAGCCGCGGAGCACCUGAAAGAUGAAGACGGACUGGCGUCAUGGAGUAAGACCACCACGGGCAGCGCCGCUCCUCUGCCGUUGGCCCUUUCAGUCUGGAUUGUUGUAAGCCGGGAGUGGGCUUUUUAAAGACGCUUUAGAGACGGGAGGUUUCCUUCUCCUGUCGGGAUCGUUGCUUUUUUUAACAGAAGAAAUCGUACCUCUCCCUCACCCGGCUGUCCUCCCCACCCCCCAAAUAUGACUGCCUCGCUGCACCUUUUGCUGGCGCUGCUCUUCUCCAAUGCCACCUUGCUGCUCAGCAUUGCGGCUGCUGCCCAGAGUGAAGAGACAACAUGCGCUUUUAGGGAUCCGUAUCAAAACGAUCAUGGAAUUAGUGAAAGUCGAAUUUCUCAAGAGAACGGUACAGUUCUGUGUAUGAAAGGCAGCACUUGCUAUGGUCUCUGGGAGAAAACACGAGAAGGAGAAAUACAUCUUGUGAAGCAAGGAUGCUGGUCUCACAUAGGAGAUCCCCACGACUGUCACUCUGAAGAGUGCAUAGUAACCACCACCCCGUCUUUAGUUCAGAAUGGGACAUAUCGAUUUUGCUGCUGCAGCACCGACUUGUGCAAUGUCAACUUCACGGAGAACUUUCCACCGGAUCCUACUGAUGCAAUGCCUUUCAACUCAUCCCACACAUUUCACCGAGACGAAACAAUUGUCAUUGCUCUGGCAUCAGUAUCUGUACUAGCUGUCUUGGUGGUCGCUCUUUUCUUUGGAUACAGGAUGCUCGCAGGGGACCGUAAGCAGGGUCUACACAGUAUGAACAUGAUGGAAGCGGCAACAUCAGAACCCUCAUUAGACUUAGAUAACCUGAAGAUGCUGGAGCUGAUUGGUCGAGGGCGAUACGGAGCCGUUUACAAAGGCUCUUUAGACGAGCGCCCAGUGGCCGUGAAAGUCUUUUCCUUUACGAACCGUCAGAACUUCAUCAACGAGAGGAACAUCUACAGACUCCCACUGAUGGAACACGACAACAUUGCCCGCUUCAUCGUCGGGGAUGAGCGAUUCACUACAGAAGGGCGGAUAGAAUAUUUAUUAGUAAUGGAAUAUUAUCCCAACGGUUCUCUAUGCAGAUACUUGGGCCUCCACGCCAGCGACUGGGUGAGCUCGUGUCGUCUGGCGCACUCCAUCACUCGGGGCCUGGCCUAUCUUCACACAGAGUUACCUCGCGGAGACCAUUACAAGCCCGCCAUCUCCCAUCGGGAUCUGAACAGCCGCAACGUGCUGGUGAAGAAUGACGGGACGUGCGUUAUCAGUGAUUUCGGCCUCUCCAUGAAACUGACGGGAAAUCGGCUGGUGCGCCCUGGCGAGGAAGACAAUGCAGCAAUCAGCGAGGUUGGUACGAUCCGCUACAUGGCCCCCGAAGUUCUCGAAGGAGCAGUGAACCUGAGGGACUGCGAAUCGGCCCUGAAGCAAGUGGAUAUGUAUGCACUAGGCUUGAUCUACUGGGAAAUUUUUAUGCGGUGCAAUGAUCUGUUCCCAGGGGAGGCCGUGCCAGAUUUCCAGACAGCAUUCCAAGCCGAAGUUGGAAACCAUCCCACUUUUGAAGAUAUGCAAGUCCUUGUUUCAAGGGAAAAGCAACGACCAAAAUUCCCAGAGGCCUGGAAAGAGAACAGCUUGGACCCACAGAGGCUGAGGGCGUCAGGGAGCAAUCUGAUCGAUAGCUUCCCGCAGACCUCUGUUCCAGAUCUCAGUCAGCUCAUCGAGGGAACUGCUGGCAGAAAUCUGUCACACCACAGACGUGUGCCAAAGAUCAGACCAUAUCAAGAUUACUCUUCCUUGUCAUAUAUCGAGGACUCGGUUCAUCACACUGACAGCAUAGUGAAGAAUAUUUCCUCUGAGCUUUCAGCAACCCCCAUGCCGCUGACACUCGGGGAGAAGAACAGGAACUCCAUUAACUAUGAGAGGCAGCAAGCACAAACUCGUAUCCCAAGCCCUGAGACAAGUGUCACAAGCUUGUCUACCAACACGACCACCACCAACACGACGGGCCUGACUCCAAGCACUGGCAUGACCACCAUAUCCGAGUUGCCUUACUCAGGCGAAACAAACCUUGGUGCUGCAAAUGGCGUGCAACCGCUUGGACCCACUCCGGUUUGUCUGCAGUUGACGGAGGAGGACUUGGAGACAAACAAGCUGGAUCCAAAGGAAGUGGACAAGAACCUAAAGGAAAGCUCAGAUGAGAAUCUGAUGGAGCAUUCCCUGAAGCAGUUCAGUGGUCCGGAUCCGCUUAGCAGCACUAGCUCCAGCUUGCUGUACCCGUUGAUAAAACUAGCCGUAGAAGCAACAGGGCAACAAGACUUUGCACAAGCCGGAAAUGGUCAGGCGUGUCUGAUUCCAGAUGUCCGGCCUGCUCAGGUCUACCCUCUUCCCAAGCAGCAGAACCUCCCAAAGAGGCCUACCAGCCUACCCCUAAACACCAAAAACUCCACAAAGGAGCCUCGGCUGAAAUUUGGAGGGAAGCACAAAUCAAACUUGAAGCAAGUAGAAACUGGAGUUGCCAAGAUGAACACUAUUAAUGCUGCAGAACCUCACGUGGUCACGGUUACCACCAAUGAAGUUGCAGGGAGGAGCCAUACCAUGAACUCUCACGCUGUACCUACCCAGUAUGUCAAUGGCACAGUGCCCUCUGGCCAAGCAGCCGACUCAGUGGCACACAGGACCCAGGAGAUGCUGCAGAACCAAUUCAGCGGAGAGGACAGCCGCUUGAAUAUCAACUCGAGCCCUGAUGAGCACGAGCCCUUACUGAGAAGAGAGCAGCAAGUGAGCCACGAUGAGGGUGUUCUGGAUCGUCUGGUUGAUAGGAGAGACCGAUCCCUGGAUAACGGCCGGCCUAACACCAACAACAACAACAGCAACCCGUGUCCCGUGCAAGGCGCAACUGUCCCCAGUGACCAGAGCGUGGCACCGAAUUCUGGACAGACCCACACUAGAAGAGCACAGAGGCCGAACUCUCUGGAUCUGUCGGCCACAAAUAUUUUGGACGGCUUUAGUAUGCAGUUGAGCGAGUCAUCCCUAGAUGGCAAAGCCGGCUCAGGAGAAAAGAUCAAGAAACGAGUGAAAACACCGUAUUCCCUGAAGCGAUGGCGCCCUUCAACGUGGGUCAUCUCCACCGAACCCCUGGACUGUGAGGUCAACAACAAUGGUCGCGAUAGGGUGGUCAGUUCAAAGUCCAGCACAGCUGUCUAUCUCGUAGAAGGAGGUACGGCCACCACCAUGGUAUCUAAAGAUGCAGGAGUGAACUGUCUGUGAAUUGUUCGGAAGCUGACAAAAAUAUGACAUUUUUGCAUUCUGUUAAACAUGGAGAAGACUUUCCCCCCAAAAAAACUGCUUUCUCCUGUCAGCACCCCUUUACCGAGGACUCGCUUUAAAUAGAUUUCAGCUAUGCAGACAAUUUUUAGCUUAU